UCUCACACUCCACAGCUAAUCGAUCACCAACAAGACUCGCCUUUUACUCCGGCCAAGGAUGCCAUUCCCGCCCCGCCCGUGAACGCCCGAACCAACUCACGCCACGCUCCGGCCGCGGCCAUCAUCCAUGGACGCCAGCCUCCGCACGCUGUCCCCGUCCAGCUUCACGGGGGAGGUGCGCUCCGCGCUGUCCUCCCUCCUGCUCUCCCCCGGCGGCGCCACCGCGCUCGACACCGUCUUCUCCCACCUCCCUCCUCCGGUCACCAUCCCGCCACUCGGCUCCAGCGUCUACUACCGCCAGAGCGAGCUCCUCCGCAGCUUCGCCGCCACGCAGCCGCACCACCAUCUUGCGGCGGCAGCCAGCUCCUCGUCGGGUUACGCGCUUCCCUUUCCAGGCGCGGCGUCGCAGGACGCGGCGGCGGCGGCGGCGGGGAGGAAGAUGUACCGCGGCGUGCGGCAGCGGCAGUGGGGCAAGUGGGUGGCGGAGAUCCGGCUGCCGCAGAACCGGGUGCGCGUCUGGCUCGGCACCUACGACUCGCCCGAGACCGCCGCGCACGCCUACGACCGCGCCGCCUACCGGCUCCGCGGCGAGUACGCGCGCCUCAACUUCCCCGGCGUCAUGGACGGCGCCGACGACGCGCGCUUCCCGAACGCCCUCCGCCAGCUCCGCGACGCCGUCGACGCCAAGAUCCAGGCCAUCCGCGUCCGCAUGGCCCGCAAGCGCGCGCGCGCCAGGCGGCUGCGCGAGGAGGCCAAGCAGCAGCAGAACAGCAAUACCCAGCGCGCCGCGUCCGCCGAGGCCGCCCCGGCGCCGCCGACGGCCCCGCGCCCCGUCGUCUCCGAGAGCGCCACGACGUCCGAGACGACGACGACGUCGUCGUACGGGUCGCCGGAGGGGGUGCUGUCUUCGGCGGACUUCGAGUGCUCGCUGCAGCGGAUGCCGUCCUUCGACCCGGAGCUGAUCUGGGAGAUGCUCAACUUCUAGCCGCCACCGGCCAGUAGGACUAGACCGAUCCGAGGCGCGGACAGACGCAAAGCCAACCAGCAGCAAGGUCCAUCCAUCCAUCCAUCCCAUCCCAUUCAUGGCGUGGAGUGGACAUGGUUGCGGUGUCUGUCUGUCGGAGCCGAGCUCGUAGGAUGGAUUGAUUCUCCAUGUGUUGGGAGGGAGGAUCACAGUUAACCUGUCACUAUAUGAGCAAUAAAAUGCCCAGGAAAAUCGGGCGUCUCCUAGAGACGAUACAUACUCCUAAUUACUAGCAACUGCAUCCUGCAUCUGUCGUGGCGUGGCGUGAGUUUCCGCAUCACAUCGCAUCGACAAGUUGUAAAGCUGAUCCCCGAAUCCAUAGCACCUCUACAGUCUUACAUAAGCGUUCAUUUCA